AUGUACCUCGUCCAGCGCGCCUUCGCCCUCCCCGGCUUCGCCCUCGACAUCGCCAAGACCGACACCUACGUCGACGCCUGGGGUAUCCCCGCGCCUUCGCCCUCUACCACCCCGAACCCUACGACCCCGCCCGGGCUGGCUCUGCAGCGCCGACGACAUCGGCGCCGACGACGAAAACCACCGCGCCAUCUCCCCGCCGAGGUCCUCGCCCAGCGCAUCGACUUCAUCUUCGACACCGCCUGCGACGUCUUCCGCCCCAUCGCCAUCGCCAACAUGGGGCCCCGCUACUUCGCCAAGGCUCUCGUCCGCGAGCUCGUCAGCCGCGACCCCGAAACCGGCCCCUGGUACCUCACCGCCGACAUCGCCUUCGUCCUCGACUUGUAUAGCCAGGCCCGCGCCCGCUACACCGCCGCUCUCCGCGCCCAGGCCGCCGAGGGCGUCUUGUCCCCCGAGCUCUACGGCCCCGUCGACACCCCCUGCACCCGCAGCGUCGACGCCUUUAUCGCCCGCUCCAGCGAGGCCGUUCAAAAGUGGCACGGGCGCGACGUCGGCUCCGGCUUCUUCGACACCGAGGACGCCAUCGCCGAGUGGAUCCCUCGCACCGUCAUGGAGGAGGACGAGGGCAUGACGAUGCUCGGCCGGCUCGCGCCUGGUGUUUCGCCUACUGAGUUUUUGACGUUUUACCACAAUGCCAAGCUCCAAGGGUUUGUUUCCAAGGCGGCUGCCGGUCCCUGGGAUUGA